AACGACCACAUCGUCGAAGGCAUUCGGUGUUCGUGGAGUGCGCCGCGGUCGAUCGAAGAAUAAGAAAUAAAAACCGACCGACAUGUUCGCGCGCAUUAAUUCAACAUUUUAUCCGUCGUGUGCACACAGCAGCUAGACGACCGACCGGAUGUGAGGGUAAAACGCGUAACUGUACGAAAUACUGACUGAUUUCGACGAUCGUUCAGUCAUUUGUCCACCGCAGUAAUAUGUGUAUAUCUCAUUAGAUAAAUACACAUUAUUUACUAACACGCACAAUCCUAACCGACGGGAGUAAUAAUAAACCGUUGCAACCACGCACGUGAAACGCAAUCAUUUUCAUCUGAAUAGACUACGCGACGGCGGCGGAGGUAAACGGCGAUUUAAAACGGUUACGUUUCAUAAGUGUCAUAGUUAUGUCAUUGAAUAUGAAGGGUGAUACGAUUAAUGUCGAUAAACAUAGUCAAAAGAUUAAAGAAAAUGGAAAAACUUUUGAGGAAGAAAAAGAAUCUUUGCUCAAAUCGUUUUUGAAAAAUAUAACCGUCGAACCAAUGUUAUUUCCAUAUUUAAUUGCCUCAAUCUUGGUUAUAUUAGUUAAUCAAAAUUUAAAUAUCCAAAAAGCGUGUAGAGUCAACUUGAAAUUGAGUCAUGAUGUAUGCGAAGAGCUAGUGAAUAAAGAAAAAAAUUCCAUUUUCCUCACUGAUAGCGAGAUAAUAGUGCAAAAAUUGGUUGCCAACAUGCUAAUUUGGCAGACAAUCCUACAAAGCAGCUUGCCCGCCGUGUUAGUUCUGUUCCUUGGUUCCUGGAGUGAUAGAAACAGAUUGAGAAGACCCUGUAUGCUAUUGCCCAUUUACGGAGAGGUUGCCAGAAACAUAGGACUUUUGGUGUGUGUUUAUUUCUUUGAUGAACUACCAAUGGAAGUGUCUGGUCUAUGGCAAUCACUGACAAUUGCCGUUACAGGAUACUGGACUGUUAUUUUCAUGGCUGUAUUCUCAUACAUUGGAGAUGUCAGUACGGACAAAAAUAAAACCAUAAGAGUGGGUUUGGUGAACGCAACAAUGGCUUUAAGUCUCCCAAUCGGUACUGGCCUGUCCGGUAUAUUAUUCCGUACAGUCGGAUUUGUCGGGGUGUACUGCAUAGCAAUUGUACUUUGUUUAUUCAGCAUUUGGAUGGCUCACGUGUGCAUCCACGACACCAUGCAAGUGCGAACCGAAUCGGAAAAGACUCGUCACUUGUCUUGUUGGAGUAAAGCCAAAUUCUUUUUUGACUUGAAACACAUUGUUGACGCGUUCAAAGUGACGUUCAAGAAAGCGAAGAACAAUAGGAGGACAAAAGUAAUCGUCUUGACAAUACUGAUCACUGGAAUUAUGGGCCCAUUGCAAGGCGACAAAGGCGUCGUGUAUCUGUUCACUCGAGUCAAGUUUAAUUGGAACGAACUGCAAUUUAGCGUGUUCUCCACAACUGCUAUGUGUGUCAAUCUCUUGGGAACAUUUUUUGUCCUCGGAGUCGUUAUCAGAAAAUUUGGCAUUGACGACGCAUUGAUCGGUGCCGUGGCUACUACUGGGAAAUUUCUAUCUCAGUUCGUCUUCGCUUUUGCUACGACUGAAACCGUUUUCUAUUCGGGUGUGUUCGUGAACUUUUUACAAGGACCGGCCAUCAUAUCCAUGAAAUCGAUUAUAAACAAAAUCAUUCCAGCCGCAGAACUCGGUCAAGUGGGCGCAGUCACCAGUCUUGGGGAAAAUGUCGUACCUAUUUUGUGCGGGCCUUUGUAUAGUUACGUGUAUGAAUCCACCGUGUCAUACUUCCCAGGUGCAUAUUACUUGGUCACCGCAGCCAUAACUAUUCCUACUAUUUUCCUUUAUAUAUGGCUCUACACGCAGCACAGAAAGGAGACGAGGAAUUCCGAAAAACCCGCAAUGGAUUGCGAAGGCCGAGACGAGAGCGCGUUGAAGGACUCAGAAAGCGUCACCAAUUACGGUUCGAUAAAAUCAUGAUGCAAGCAGCAGUACACGUGCACUGCGUAGGCCUCGCUAUUCGGAGCUACACAUAAAACGGACUGUGUAUAAAUCAGAAAAAAAAAAUUAAAAUAUUAUAAAAACGUGUACUUUUUCGCAACAAAAAGUACUUACGGCUCGUGUAUAUAGGCACAACUAAACUAGGAGAAAGUUCCUGUAUCGAUCUGUCGGCCAUUAUUAAUUGUUAAAAACAAGUCGAAUUAACUUAUUACUGAUAUGUUUGUAUUGUAUUUUUAUCGUCAACCAACCGCGGCUGCCGGCAACCACACCGGUGUCCGCAUCACAGUUUGUAACUCAGUACUAAGAUACUCAGGUACCAGCGGCGGGCUUUGACUUAAAUAUUAUAACAAUCACAUGCUCUGUUGCCGUUCUAAUCAAUCGUAUCACGUUUCAAUUUUUAUUAUAUACUAUCGAUUUCUCUCGCGGUGAAUUAUUGUUCGUGCAUCGCGUGUGUCUAAUUAUUAUUCAAUGUGUUCGUACGUGUAUCACGAGAUCGAUUUGUUUUGCACUGAUACUGCGCGUAUUAUUAUCGAAUUCGUGUUUUAUAAUUUAAUCGUUUGCUCAUAAAAUACAUAGUACAUAAGUAAUAAAAUAUAAAGA